AUGACCGCCUACACCCUCAACGUGCGCGUCUUCUGGCCGCUGCUUUGCACGGCGCUGCUCUGCUUCUUGCAGGCGCUGAGGAGCACCGCCGGAGGCGCGGCGGCCUGGGACGGCGCGCUGCUGAAAGCCUCGCUGCUGCUGCUGCUGCUGGCCUUCCUGGCGCUGCGCUACCGCGACUGGCGCGCCAGGGGGCGGCCCGGCGGCGCGGUGGCGCCGCGGGACGCCGCCGAGGCGCGCCGCAGGGCCGGGCCGCCGUGCGAGGCGCUGUGCGCGGAGCUGCCCGGCGGGGGCGGCGCGCAGCUGUCGGCGGCCCUGGUGCUGCGCUGGUUCCAGGGCCACGUGCAGCGCUGCCUGGGCGCCGUGCGCUCGUGCCUGCAGGAGCGCUGCCGCGUCGGCCUGGCGGUGGGGCCCGGCCGGCCGCUGACCCUGCACCUGGCGCCGCGCUCGGACUACGUGUGCUGCCACCUCUCCAUGGCGGUGCGCCUCGUCCCGGCCGUCCCGCUGGGCGAGUCGCUCUACCUCACGCCCUUGCCCGCGGCCCAGCCGGGCCCCUUCUGGACGCUCAACGUCUCCCGGCACGAGCAGCGGCUGCUGGGCUGGCUGCGGGAGCAGGCCCCGGGCGACUCGUGCCAUCUCAAGUGCUUGCAGAUCCUCAAAGGGCUGCGCGACCUGGGCGGGCGCUCCCUGGAGCAGCCGCUGGGCGCCCAGUGGGACGGCGUCCUCUCCUCCUACGUGCUCAAGACGGCCCUGUUCUGGCUGCUCCUGCGCACCCCCUUGCACGCCUGGGAGGACCGGUUCCUGGUGGAGAGGCUGGCGGACCUGGUCGCGUUCCUGGCAGAGAGCCUUCGCCGCCGGAGCCUGCUGCACCUGUUCCUGGGCAACCCCUGCCUGCCCGAAGCCCUGGGCCUGCCCAAGCUCCUCAAGGAAGCUGCCCCGGUCAAUCUGCUGGCCGACUUCGAGGGGCCCACUCUGGACAGGGUGGCCGCGCAGCUGCUGAGCACCUGGAAGCAGGCGCCCAAGAUCAUCAGGAUGUACAGCGGCCACAGGCAUCGGCGGAAGCUUCCCGUCUGAGGCUGGAGGCGGCCCCUGGGCUGCCCGGAUGCCUCCCCCACGGACUGACUGCCCACCGUGACUGACUCUGUUCCCGUGCAAGCAGAGACAGGGAAGAAGGCCCUCGACUCCCAGCGUGCCCCAUAUGGGUUGCAGGUCCCCUUUCCUGCCUCCACUUGCCCAGGAUUGUGUCUUGACGCCUGCUCCAGCAAGCUCCCCUCGGGACAUCACGGCAGGGAGGGGCAAGCUGCUUCGCUCGCCCACACAGAGACCAAAAGCGCAGUUUGCCCGAAACGUCUGGCCAUCUGUCAUGCGCCUGUUUGUGCGUGUGUGAGAGAGGGACCCCAUGGCCUUGAGGGAGUCCCACCCCGUCCCUUGUGAAACUGCAGUCUAUUUAAAAACCAAACAGAACAUUUUACGGCACGUAUGCCUUGAACGCAAUGUGGAGUUCGGUUCCUAGGUACGGUUCUUCCAUUCACUCAAGUCAGGGCUGCCGAACUUCUGGCUCUCCAGUUGUCAUGGGCUCCAGCUCCCAUCAGCCCCAGCCAGCAGGGCUGAGGGUUGGGGAUGAUGGGAGUUGGAAUCCCCACAGCACCUCAACUGGAAGCCCAGAUUUAGAAUGUCAAAGCUACCAUGUGGCUUUCUCACUCUCCCUCUUUCAUGAUGUUACUCUUUCGUUUUGAGCGUAUCCCUGGCCACAUCCGGGUGGUGGCAGGGCUCACGCUCUCCUGAUGGUACUGCAUCAGAUAGCUUCAUGCAAUCAGGGAAUGCCUUCAAUACCUACACCUGUUGCUGCAUUUUUCAGAAGGGCCUGAUUACUGAGCAGAGCUGGGAGAUCCCUGCAGGUGGAGAGGUAGCACAAGACAAGGGAAUGAAUGUGUCAGAUGCCUUGAUCCUAAGCACUGCUUCUUCGGCUUCUGGACUUCUGUGAGAUUUGUCAAGGUACUAAACCACUCAUGAACCUUCAUUUGAUUUUAAUGAUUAGAUGUUGAUGGAACACUGUGCCCCAUGACCCCGAGGUUCUUAGGGUUCAGGCCAGCUUUGGACUUUUGUGCCAGGGCCUCGGGAUACACAGGCUUGGAGGAGGGGAUCAGGGCCGUUCCAAAUCAGAAACCUCUCCCCGCAAGCUUAAGCAUCACACCAAAGAUUUAUUUUGUGGGUGCAGUCGCAAUGCAAAAUGUGGGAAGGAGGCAGUAACCUCUUCCCUCUCCAGCUGUAGUUCCUCUUGAAAAUGGGCAGCCCACCUGGCAGUUAAGCUGAAAGGGAAAUUGGGGGCCCUGGGGUAUGCAUCUGGGGCCCUUGUGCACUGAUUGGGCCUGGGCCCCUUUGAACUCGGGCCUUGCAACUCCCCAGGUGGCUGUGGCAGCCUUAAGUCGUUGGUAAGGCCGAAGGAUUUCCAGCCACCACGUUUGGUGGAGUGCGGGAUCAAGUCCUUUGCUUGUGACUUGCCGCAACUGCAUUUCUCCAGCUGAGCUGGGAAUCUGCAUGCAUGCGGAUCAUAUGAUGCGGCUUUUAGCCGGAGGGUGUGACACGUUUUCCUAAUUCUGUGUGGGAAGCCAACAGUCAAAAAUGGAAAGCAAAGAUGGGGUGAGGUGCUGCACUGAUAAAGAAUGAGAAAUGGUCACUUGUUUUCCAAGAAAGCGCAAUGGAAUCCAGUUGGCAUUCAGGGAUGGUCACCAUGAGCAUUUAAAUGCAAACAUCAGUAUUCGAGACCAAAGAAAUUGCACUUUAUUUUCGUGGAGUCCCCUCCUGGUGGUGGAGGUAUUGUGCGUCCUUUCCUAAAUGUUUCCUCUGAAGCGUCUGAGCAUUAAUUUAAAGAAAACAGUAUUCGAUACUUGGAUUUGUAAUAAGCUGCCUUGGUGGGGGUUUUUUCAUGGUGGCUGAUGCAGAACUCACUUAAGAGGUCCUAUCAACCUCAAGCUAUACUAAGCUGCUUUACUAGAAACUAAUUUAGAAGAAUCCUUGUGGGUUUUUCAGACAGCAACCAACAGGGCUCUAUGAAGUUUCUUUUUGCAUUGGACAAACAAAUGUGAUUAUUCUAAUGAAUCAUUAGGCCCUUGACUGUAUUGAAGUCUUCCCAGAUUAAAGCCAACAAAAGCUUGACACCGCUGUACAGAAAGCUCUGUACACCAGCGUGCCCUCUUGCCUGAAUUUAUUCCUGAGAAGCAGUUCUCUUAGGCUGCUUCCAGACGCACUGUGCCUUGCUCACAGGAUUGCACCAGGGCAUCUAGACGACCCCGCCUUCCCUGUGCAACCAUCCCACCCUCGCCUCUGCGUCUUCCAUCUUUUUCCUUGCUAGAGAAAAACUGCUCAGGAGAAAAAGGUGGUCUUCUUUGAACAGUAGUCCUCGGAGCCCUCCGUCUGGGAACAUCCUUAUUUUGGUGGGAAUGACUCCCAGCAAAAGCGAGCAGGCAUGGAACUGUAAAACUAAAUAUAUUCUAAGGCAGCCUUGUUCUGAAGGCAAACAGAGCUCUUUCUUCCUGCUAAGAUAUUGUUUACAUUUCUGUGGCCCUUGAUAAAGAAUUACGGUGCAGCACGAUUUGGAGAUCUGGACCUCAGCCUAUUGAUGGGGAAUAGCUGAGCACAGCGAGGCUUUAAACUCAGCUGCAGGUCGAGUGUGGACCCACCUGCCUUCUGAGAGCUGGAGAGUAUAAAGCAAACAGGAUGCAGCUUUGUGGGGUGGCACACGCCUUCAGCAUCGGAAGCAGAGCCACAAAGUCUCUGCGGCGUGUUCCCGUUUUCUAAUGAUGUGCUCUCAGCUGACAAUAUGUCAGAGGGAAAUUCGGAGGGUUGCUCUAUCCAGCCGCCCAGCUUUCCUUGGCAUGCUGGACCAGAGGAGGAAAUCCGGUCGGGCCCCAGGGUGACUCGGCAUCAGUGGUGACCCAGCAUUUGUCAGAGGCGGCCACAGCUGGGACCCGUUCAAGUCCCGCGGAGUGAGCACUUCCCUUCAGAGGAGGCUGCAGAAUGAGCAGCCUUGGGAAGGGGUAUUUUUGUCAUCGAACUAGUGCCGAAGCAGUCCAGCCGACCACCUUUCGUGUUUACAGGUUACGACUUGUUCUCGGGUGCCUUGUGUACAGUAUUUGUUGUUGAUGAUGAUGAUGAUAAUAAAAAUGCAUAAGUGUGUGUGA